AUGUCAAACCCCCUAAACAGCACAUUCAACCCAACCAAGAACACUGAUGCAGAUAAUGUUCCCGUGAACCCUGUCGGCACCCCCAUGGCGACUGAUGAGGCACCACUGCUGGAAAAGGAGUCCCCACCGAAUUACGUUACCUUUAGGAACCAAUUUGUCCGCUUCGGCGACGAUUCCUUGCAAAACGACAUGGCGAGCUUCCAGGCCAGCAUGAACGACCUUUUGGAGAAGUGGUUUGCCAAGCAGGACGAGAAGAUGACGGCCAUGCUCUCCGAAUUUAGGGAGGUUAACAGGGCUGUAACUUUCUUAAGUGAAAAAUACGACGAUAUCAAUAAGAAAACUGAAGAAGCUUUGAGCAACAUAACUUCCCUCAACAAAAAAGUUGAAUACCUUGAGCAAAAGCUGAACACCAUUGUUACACUCGAAUCCAAAAUAGAUAUCAUGGAGCAACAAGCGCGCCAGUGCAACCUAGAAAUAGGUAACCUACCAGAGAAACGGAGCGAAAACCUUGUGGCAAUUGUGCAAGAGGUCGGCGUUGCACUGAAGCAGAAUAUUGCACCAAACGACAUAAUAUCUGUACACCGAGUUCCCCAUGCCAAUCCAAAAAGUCCGCAUCCAAAAAACAUCAUCGUGAAGUUCAACACACGCUCGCUUCGUGAUAACAUCUUGGCUGCGGCCCGCAUCUCAAGAGGCAUCACAUCUGAGAAAUUAAACAUCCCUGGUGAUCCCCGUAAGGUCUACAUUAAUGAACACCUGACCCUUAAGAAUAAGCAGCUGUUUCGCGAGGCAAGGGAAGCGGCCAGCAAGAACAACUUCCGGUUCGUCUGGGUGCGACACGGAGGAGUCUUGGUUCGUGAAACUGAAGUCUCGCCAGUGCUUGCUAUUCGAUCCCAUAGCGACAUCGCUAAAAUUAAACCUAGGAAUAUUACUACGUAA